GCGCAGCAGAGGCCGGCCGGGAGGUGGGAUUGCCGCGGUCUUCCGUCUGCGGUCGCCGUCGCCUCAGCCUUGCUGCUCCUGUCUGUCUGGGGCUGCAUUGCCGGCGUUGGUGGCGCGAGGGGAGGGGGGGACUGACGGACCGUGUGUGUGCGCGCGCGGGGGUCCCGGCAGUCCCAGCAGUUCCCCUCACGCGGGGUGGGUGGCGAGGGUCCGCUGCAGUCUGGGGGAGGCCUUAGACGGCGCCAUGUCAGCGGGCGGCCCAUGCCCGGCAGGAGCCGGAGGGGGCCCCGGGGGCGCCUCCUGCGCUGUGGGGGUCUCCCCCGGCGGGGUAUCCAUGUUCCGGUGGCUGGAGGUGCUGGAGAAGGAAUUCGACAAGGCCUUCGUGGAUGUGGAUCUGCUACUAGGCGAGAUCGAUCCUGACCAGGCGGACAUCACUUAUGAGGGACGACAGAAAAUGACCAGCCUAAGCUCCUGCUUUGCGCAGCUUUGCCACAAAGCCCAGACUGUGUCCCAAAUCAACCACAAGCUGGAGGCCCAGUUGGUGGAUCUGAGAUCUGAACUGACAGAGACCCAAGCAGAGAAAGUUGUAUUGGAGAAAGAAGUGCAUGAUCAGCUUUUACAGUUGCACUCUAUUCAGCUUCAGCUUCAUGCUAAAACUGGUCAAAGUGUUGACUCUGGUACCAUUAAGGCAAAGUUGUCUGUCCCCUCUGUGGAGGAGCUGGAAAGAGAGCUUGAGGCAAACAAAAAAGAAAAAGUGAAAGAAGCUCAACUUGAAGCUGAAGUGAAAUUGUUGAGAAAAGAGAAUGAGGCCCUUCGUAGACAUAUAGCUGUUCUCCAGGCGGAAGUUUAUGGGGCAAGACUGGCUGCCAAGUACUUGGAUAAGGAACUGGCGGGAAGGGUUCAACAAAUACAGUUACUAGGACGAGAUAUGAAAGGACCUGCUCAUGAUAAGCUUUGGAACCAGUUAGAAGCUGAAAUACAUUUGCAUCGUCACAAAACUGUUAUCAGAGCCUGUAGAGGACGGAAUGACUUGAAGCGACCCAUGCAAGCACCCCCAGGCCACGAUCAAGACUCCUUAAAAAAAAGCCAAGGAGUUGGUCCAAUUAGAAAAGUUCUCCUCCUUAAGGAAGAUCAUGAAGGCCUUGGCAUUUCAAUUACAGGUGGGAAAGAACAUGGUGUUCCAAUCCUCAUCUCUGAGAUUCAUCCAGGGCAACCUGCUGAUAGAUGUGGAGGGCUACAUGUUGGGGAUGCUAUUUUGGCAGUCAAUGGAGUUAAUCUAAGGGACACAAAGCAUAAAGAAGCUGUCACCAUACUUUCCCAGCAGAGAGGAGAAAUUGAAUUUGAAGUAGUUUAUGUGGCUCCUGAAGUAGAUUCUGAUGAUGAAAAUGUAGAGUAUGAAGAUGAGAGUGGACAUCGUUACCGUUUGUACCUUGAUGAAUUAGAAGGAAGUGGUAAUCCUGGUGCUAGUUGCAAAGAUGCAAGUGGGGAAAUCAAAGUGUUACAAGGAUAUAAUAAGAAGGCAGUAACUGAAGCACAUGAAAAUGGAGACAUGGGAACGUCAAGUGAAACUCCACUAGAUGACAGUGCUUCAAAGUUAGAUGAUCUGCACAAUCUGUAUCAUAAGAAAUCUUAUUAAAUUGACUCUUCAGACAAGAUCGUUAAUCAGACUAUUUUGAAUUUGGGCACUAGGGAAUAUGGUGACAAAGACUAUACAAGAUCAAGGGAGGCUGUUUGUUGCCUAAAGAAAGGCGGGUACCUCAGGGCUUCAUGUGAACAAUUCUAAGUGCAUAAAAAACCCUGUUUUCUGUGGGAUAUCACAAUUAACUGUUGCAUGUAAAGCAAUUUUGAUUUUCCUGGAAUUGUAAGCACCAAAGCAUGUGUUUUCCAAAGGGAUAUUACUAGACUCUUAAGUACCGAAUGAAGUGCUACUGUUUUAUUUGGUUCUUUUAAUAUUUAAUAAAAGGACAGUGCUAACUGGAAUUUUAUAAGAAAUAGCCUUUAAAUACAAGAGAGUAAAUGAAUUCAUAUUAUAUAUUCCAUAAUGUUAGCUGUGGAGUUUCAAAAGACAGACUCAACUCAGUAAAUCGCAGAAAUGUAGUUUGGCUUUUGUUUAACUAAAUGGUUUUAGUUUUAAAAAAUUGUGCAUCUUGAUGCACAACAACCUAAAUCAGUUCUUCAUGAUCAUUUGCUAUGAGUUCUCUUUCCAGCUUUAUUCAGUGCAGUACAAAACAGUUUUGUUUAAGCAAUCCUUUAUCAAUUAAUGCUGCAGUAGAAAUGGCUUCUGAAAAGUUACUGGACAUUUUGCUUUAGAUUUUCAAAAGAAGUGCAGAUGAGUGUACUGUUCUCAAUUAUGUUGAUCUGUGUGCAUGUUGUUUGAGCAUUGUGCUAUUAAUUGUUUUGUCUGAAAUGUUUAUUUUCUGGAAUCCACAAAAGACAGUUUUAUACAUUUUGAGUUGUUCAUAAAGUUUUCCUUGUUGUGAUAAGUCCUAGCAGAAAAGGCUCAAAUUUAUUGCUAUGUCAUGAAAUACAUUGUAUUCAUGCAGCAGUUUUCUCUAAAUACCUGAUUUGCCAAUCAUCUAAAAAGCUGGGGACUAAAGUUGACAAGAUAAAGUGAAGAUGUUUUGAUACAGUAAUUGUUUGGGUUUGGUUUUAUAUCAGUAUAUGUUUUUGACUGAAGUGUUUUUCAUAUGUAAGCUCUAAAUUUGCUAGUUGUCUUGUCCCAGAAUUAAGCACAGAGUGCCUCCUUGCUUUUUUAGGGUUCUGUAGGCCAUCGUACCCUACUGGGCAAAAUCAAAACAUUGUAUUUAAAGAGGCGAUCAUUUUUGCUAAUGUCAGUGUUUUAAAGGCUAUACAUUUAAGGGAAUAUUAAGUGGGAGAAAGCCUACAAGGCUUUUAGAAUAUUAUCAGUAUAUUCACUUAUCAUAUUCCUAUUUUUUCCCAAAUGCACUAUAUAUUUGUUAAUGUUGAAUCUAUAAAAUGUAUAUACUUUAUUUUGUGAUUUUGCUAUUUAUGAAUUUAAUGUUUUAACUGUUGCUCAUUUAUGGUUUAUUGGUGGUUUUAUUCCUAUGUAUAUCAGUCUGUUAAUUCGUAACUAGAAGUGCACUUCAUAGUGUAUAUUGUUGCUGAUAUUAAAAUACUUUGUAGCAUAGCAUUGCCUCUGAGCAAAAGUUAGUGUCUAACUGCAUAAAUGAAUAAGCAAGUUACAUAUUAGUGUUUGCUCCUGACAGGCUAAGCCUCUUAAAAGAAAGAUUUUUUUUUCCCUCAUGCAUUCCUUCCAUGCCAAACACAUACCCCAUGCAUGACAUGAGGUCUGCAAACUGGAUUUGGGGCAGUAUACUCAUUUAGUUAAAAAAAAAAAAAGAAAUCCAUUGUAGCAGAUCUGAAAACUUUUUUGCUGUGACAUUAAACCAUGUUAUUUUUGUUUCCUUAAAAUAUAGCCUGGAGGGAAUGAC